CCCGGCAGCUUUUUUCCUUCCUCACCUCAUCUCACUUCGUUCUCGCGUUUCCAUCGCGUGAGAGAUUUCUUACUUCCUAUCAACUUUUUGAUUUUUGAGCUGAACCGAUCUUUUAUUUCCCAUGAACCUCCCAUAACCUCCCCUUAUUAUCGAUUCUUUUCUCUCGCCUCACCCGCCGACUUGACGCUUCCGAAACGCGCCCUCCACGGCCCUUGCAGCACACGUCCUCGGGGCAGACACUCCUCGACGCGUCUUAUGCCAUGACCACGGCUUCCUCUUUAACAUUUGCUACGAUGGAGGUUCCCGCUCUGGAAGACUCGAUGGAGAUGGCCUCUCCCUAUCAGGGACAGGCCGAUGAUUUUGACAUCGACCUCGACCUCAUGGAAGACAACGUCUCAAACAUGGACAGCGAUAUGAUGGGAGCAGAUGACUUCCCCAACACCUCCCAAGUCUCACUUUUCGCCGCCGAGGUGAACGAUGAUGCCGACAUGGCUGAUGAGCCUUCCGAAGGAUCUAUGGUCGACACCGAUCUUGUUGACGAAGACCCUGACAUCGAUGUCCAGUACGAACAAUCUACAUACGAAGCAGAGAUGCUGGAGGGUGACCAAGAUGAUCAACCUGUUCUUGUACCCAGCAUUCAUAUUGAAGUACAACCACAGACCGUUGAGCAUGAAGAUAAGCCAAGCGAAAUCCCUCAAGAAACCAAGGAGUCGGAAUCUCAGUCCAUUCACGAUGGCCUAGAAACUGCUCUCCCAGAACCUGUUUCCGUGUCGAAUGAGCCCCAGGAGCCCCAACCGCAAGAAGAAGUAGUAGUAGUAGAAGAAGAACUUCCUCGGGUCUCUAGCGAAACUCAGGAUGGUCAACCCGGAUACACUGAAGGCGAUGGGACUGCUGAGGCGGAAGUCGACCGUCCAGAUAUUGAGCCCCAUGAAACUAAUGAAACUACCGGCAACACUGAAAUUACCGAAAACAAUGAAACUACCGGCAACACUGAAACCACCGACAACCGAUCUUCAUCUGUUGAAGGAUAUCAUCAGCACAAUGGUGCCUCCGUUGAGAAGGUUGAAAACCUUGAGCCUGAACAAGACACCAAAUCAGCUGCGCACGAAAGCGAGUACAGAAAUCCUGAGCAUCUUGAGGCCACUGACUCUCAUGAGUCAGAAGCUCAGCAUACUCACGCGGAAGAGGAGUCUCUCCAUCCAGUAAAGGUUCUCUACCAGGAAGCCGAGAUUUCUCUUUUCCCACCUAUGGAAGGUGACUCAGCGGAGACAUUCUUCCUCCAUGACGAAGAUGUCGCCUACGACAACUUUGGUAAAUUGUUCAGCGCUCUCCGUGAGGUGCUUUUGGAUAAUGUUGCCGAGAAUGAGGUCCUGGUUAUUGAUAUCGACUCCCUUGGUAUUCAGAUAACAGAGGACUCCUCGCUCACGUCCAACGUGACCUUGCAUCGGAUUUUGAACAUUUAUCUUCGUCUUUGUCAAAAUGACAAAAAUAAUGAGCCAGAGGCUUUGUAUUUGACUUUGAGCAGCAGACCGGCUGUUCAUUCAGAAUUAGCCGAUCUUGAAGGUGCCGCCAAUGAGGGCAAAGGAUUGUCUCAGGUUCAUCCUUGGAGCGAAUUUGAGGAUGGAGAAGAGAAUGAGGAUCAUCGAGCGGACGAACAUAGUGUUGAGGGGUCGCCUAGGACUCAGGGUGAUCAGGCUCUGUCUUUCCAUGAAAAUGAAGACCAGGGUAUCCCCAGUGGUUCUGCCGAGUCGGAAGUGCACGAUGCUACAAACAAGGAUGCUCAGAAUGGUCCCCUCGAGGUGACUCGAGAGUCUGAGCACGAUACUCAGGCAGAGCCAGAAACUGACGCCGCUGAAAAAAAGCAAGUUGAUGAGACGGGUGGGGCCGAUGCGCCACCCUAUGCCGAUGACAAUGUGCACGAUCAGGCUGAGGCGCAGUAUGAGGAGCAGUAUGAUUCUGAACCUCCCAAGACAGAAUCCACAUCUACCGCCGUGCCUACCUCUGAUCAGGUCGAAGGAUUGGAGCCCACUGAAGAUUUCUCAGGUGAUGCCGCUGAUGCUGUCUUGGAUGAGAAUGAUUCAAACUAUCACAACAGCACGGAUCCUGCCGGUCACGGCGAAGGCUUAGAUAACCGAGAAUUGCCCGAAAACCCUGACGAAUACCAAGAUGAACUUGCUGGAGAGGAAACCUUUGCCCCUGGGGUCAAUGAUCACGUUCAGACGGUCGAUCUUGCUUCGGUCCAUGACGACGGCUCUCUCAGUCAAGUCGAUUCCGCAUCUGCCGCUGAGGAUGGUUCUGGCGAUGCUUUGCAUGAUGACUUCGAUGACCAGUCGGAGUCCACUGUGGCCAACGUUCCUACUGGGGAAUCUGCAACGCAGGAGCAAACUCUAGCGCUCGAGGAUGACUUGCUCGGAAUUGCUGAGGACAUCUUGGAAGGCCCUCCCGACAACCAUGAGCACGAUCUCGAUCACCUCGAGAGCGCAGAUCCGGAGCAAGACCUUGAGGAUGGUGAUGCCAACGACGUUACCGCCGACGACGAUUUGGUCGAUGACGACAGGGGCGAUUACGAUGAGGACUCUUACAACAUCCUUGAAAUUUCGGAACACGUCGAGCUAGAUGAAGCGGAUCUGGUGCAUACUGACUCCCAAACUCAUGAGAAUCCAUCUAAGCGUGCUCGUGAGGAGGAUGAUGAUGAUGAGUGGGACUUUGAGGAGACCUCGACCCCCGAGAUCAAACGUCGCCGCCCUUCGUAAAACCAACAUCUCCCCCUUUCUUCACCGGCGAUGUUCGAUUCCCACCUCGCGCCCACCCUUCUUCAGACUGGCCAUUCAGUCUUAUCACUCAUGGAGGCUACUGGCUUAGUGCCUCGACCGCUUCGCUUUCUUUCGCUAUGAUCAUCAACCUGUACUAACCCCGAUCAUCCACAGCGACUAAUCCGGUGAAUGGGUGCAAAAAUUCCGUCUUACUCAGGUCUAGGUACGUCCCAUCUCCCUUCCUCCCCUGGUCAUUUGGAAGGCACCAUCUCUUUCCGUGAUCAAAUCACUGUGGAGAGGCCCCUUCGGAUCAAGUUCGGUGGCUAGACAAGCUUUUUCUUCCUCCCCUGUUUGUGUACUUUAUUGCCUGUUUGCUUUCCUUCUCCUCCGACCACCACCCCCUUUUGCGUGAUACCAUUUUGCGAUCCAAAAUCAGUUAUUGGCGUUGAAGGCAGUCCCCGCUGGACUUGGACUUUUUGAUGUUUUGCCCCAGUUACAUCCCAACAUAGUUAUUGGCGUAUCGGUAUGAUGGCAUCGGCUACACUUUUAUCAAUAGGCUUCCACUAUGAAUGAGAUUGGGUUCCGUUUGAGAAGAAAAU